UUUGAUGGGUUUUUCAUGGUAACUUCUGUUUUAAAAAUAAAGAAUGCCGAUCUUAUGAAUAUUAAGCAUAAACUCUACAAUGAAGGAACAAAUCGAAAUUUCCAAAAGUGCAUAAAUGAAGCUCAAAAAACUCAGCCAUUGUCUCAAGAUUUAAGAACAGAGAAAGAUGUCUUUAUGUUUCGUGCAUACUGUGCCCAGGGUAAAUAUGGAGUAGUUCUUGAUGAAAUUAGCAGAUCUUCACCAAAGGAGCUACAGCCUAUACGAACAUUGGCUGAAUAUUUACAAAAUUCUAGUAGAAGAGAGACAAUUGUGAACACUGUGGAUCAAAAGUUGAAAUCUGGGGAUGUUGAUGAUUAUUAUUUAUUAAUGGCUGCCAUCAUUUAUUCUCAUGAACAGAACUACGAGUCUGCUCUACGGUGUCUUCAUGCAUCUGAAGCUCUAGAAAGUUCUGCAUUGACCAUUCAACUGUAUUUAAGUAUGGACAGAAUUGAUCUUGCAAAGAAAGAAUUAAAGAGAAUGCAGGAAAUUGAUGAAGAUGCUUCAUUGUCACAGCUAGCACAAGCUUGGUUCAACAUUGCAGUGGGAGGUGAAAAGAUACAGGAUGCAUACUAUAUAUUUCAAGAAAUGGCCGACAAGUAUGGAAGUAGUGUUGUUCUACUCAAUGGUCAAGCUGUGUGUUAUUUACAGAUGGGGAAGUAUGAAGAAGCUGAAAGUGUUCUACAAGAUGCAUUAGAUAAGGACAACAGUAAUGCAGAAACGCUUCUUAACCUUGCUGUUCUUUCACAGCAUCUUGGAAAAUCACAGGAAGUUAGCAAUCGUUAUAUAUCGCAACUAAAAGGCUCAAAUCCCGAUCAUGUUUUUACAAGACAAUAUAAUAUUAAGGAGAGCGAAUUUGAUAGAUUUGCUGCCCAAUACCAACCAUCCGUAUUAGAAUAAACGCUGUAGAAAAGAAUGUAAUUGGUUAUUUUUUCUCGUCAUAAGUAACACGUCAUUUACAAAGGUUUUGUGAAUGAAUUAACGUACCUUAUUAUAAAACAUCACUGAGUUGACGAUCCUUAUAAUGUAACUUUUUCAAUUUUA